GGCAACCGUCACUCGUCAGUGCGGGCGAGGGCGAGGGCGAGGGCGAGGUUGCUCUCCUACUCGCUACUCCAGCCGCCUCCUGCGCUGUCGUCCUCCAACGCCCAACAACGCCCCCCCCCCCACCCCCGGUCCGGGUACUGGCUCACUCAGCGUGGGGUGGAGAUCCAUCCGGAGUCGGGGCCGAUCUCGUUUGUUGGUUCGCACGGACCAAGUGACCAUUAUGGUGAAUGCAAAUGCAGAUAAAGAUUAUGGCAUUGAUGAAUUCACAUCAACUUCUGAGCUUCCAGAAAAUAAGUUAAGGCACAACUUUCGAUUGGGAGAUAUAACAUGGGUUAAGAAGAGUGACUCUUCUUGGUGGCCAGCACAGGUCAUUGAUGAAGCAUGUGUCGGUGGCAAGCCUAAGAAGAAGACCAAACAUGAUUGCCUAGUCCGGCUGUAUGGCACAUGUCAAUACUUGUGCAUAGACCCUUGGAAGUCUAACACAGAAUUCAAAAUGAUGCUGAAGCAACAAAACAAGAGCGCAAUGGAAGCAUUCCGUGAGGUGCUUGAGAAGGAGCUGUCUUCUGCUAACUCAUCCAGUGAUUAUGAUGAGGAAGGUGUCAACUCAAAAGCUCUGCCUGCUCAGGAUAUCAUCGCCCGAGUAAACAAGCUUUUCUCUUUUGGCGUGCCAGAGUGUGAUAUUCUGCCUUACUCCCAUGAGAAUCCUCGACCAGAUGCUCCAGUCUUUCGCCAAGAACACAUCCUUUCGAUUGAGGUCUUUGAUCUUGAUGGCACCUAUUCCGCUGAUGCUGUCGACAAGGGGAAGGGAUCAACUAAUGAGGAGGCCGAGGGGUCUCUUCGAUCGAAGAGAUUAUCCUCGUGUUCUCAACUGCUGUCUGAUUCGAGCCCUCUCAAGCGCAAGCGAAGGAGUCCUCAGGGAACGACGAGUGUACCAGCUCAAUCGCCUCUUCGAGCAACCGUCGCUCUCGAUGACCCGGUCGAAAAGGGGACGUCUGGCACGUCCUCGCAACCGCCAACUCGAGGGACCAUCAUGCCUGAUGACUCGAUUAGAGAGGCCAUUGAUGACUUGGCUUUGCUCGGUCCAUAUGUAACUUCUCCACCGGCUCCGCUUACCGGACCAAGAACAAAGAAGGUGACCUCAAAAAGACAAAAGCCAAGAAUCAUUUCACAUUUUCCGAUUUCAAAUAGACUAUCGACUGAGGCGCAGACCAAGGCUGCCAGCGCCUUGACCAGUCAUCUGGGGCUGCCUUCUCCGGUUGACUUGGCCUCGGGUCCAAUCAGAGAUCCUGCCUCGAGCGCGCCCGAAGAAGACUCGGAGCUUAGGGGAAGUGAAACUUCAAUACCAAUUCCGACUGAUGAUCCGUGGGCGGCGAUAAAAGCUCUUCUCCAGGCUACAAGCGCUCAGGUAGCUGCUGCUGAGGCCAACCACCACAAAAAGCUUGAAGCCAAGAGGGAGAAAAUUGAACGCCUCGAGUCCUCCUGCAACAGCAAGGAAAAGCUUCUUGCUGUCGCAAUGAAGAAGAUUAACGAUGAUGUCAAGUUUCGGGAGAGACUCAGGAAUCAAGCGAACACUGCUCGAGCUAAAAAGAAGGCGAUGAUGGCUGAAAGGGAUGCUGCUGUUCUGGCCCUACAAGAGCUAAAAGAGCAGACCCUUGACCUUAUGUCACAAGCAGCCUCUGCAAGUGCUGCCACAUUGCUAGGUGGUGAUACAGAAGUAACCACAAAGAAGAACUCUUCUAGAAAAGACAGAAAACGAGAAGGUUUGGCGCAGUGUAGUUACAGGGGUCUAAAAGAAUCAGCAACUACUGAAGAUCUGGGAGAUGAAACUGAACAGCAGUAUAAUGAAGACCAAGACCAAGAAGUUGGGAGCACUGCAACAACUGGAGUUACUGUUCAGAAAGGAAAGCGUGGAUGUGCGAGACAAUCAAGUUGUACCCAUGAGCAAGCCAUUGACCGAGCUUCUAGUGAAAAUUCAGCUGAAGGUUUAAGAAAUAAGAAACGGAAGCAAAUUGCAUGUAUGCUGGAUAAAGAUGAUUGUAAGAUAGGAGCUUCGGUGGUCAGAAGGGAAGGGUUGAGACGAUCAGGUCGUACUAAUGAAAAUAAACAUUUAGAUCCAGCUGAGGACAGAACAGCACCAAUCACUGAAAUUGGUGCAAGUGAAGAUGCAACUGAAGAUUCAACGGGAGAUGGAACUUCAGCCCCUCAUGCAGAAAUAAAAGCUUUGGUUAGGGAUAUACUGUUCAAGGAAAUUAUUGACAGGGAGCAUAAUGCUGAAAUGGCUUAUUUAGAUGAUGUGAUUAAUGGGAUUUGUAAUGCUACCGAGGAUGACGUGACUGGUGGUGCUACUGCUUCUACGAAGGGUGGACAAAGCGUCAGGCAGAGUGGUAGCAGAGUGGAGGGUGAGUCUAGCAACGUUACACGAAGGCAUAGAAAAGAAAAAUUACAUCAAGGAACCGAGGACACAAUGCAAGUGGAUCACACUACUCCUAGCAGGGGUGCAGCGAUGAAGCAACCGGGAACACUUAGCGCACGCCAGAUCAGGCAAAUCAGGAUCAUGCAAAGCCUCGGCCUGAUUGCUCCAUCAGGAUCUCCAUUUGGCAAAAUCGGAGUAGUUGCAGCCACUCAUCAGUAAUUGUACUCCGCUCGCAACGCCCUUCAGAAACAAUUAGGUUUAGUGAACUGCUAACAUCUUGCAGUCCUCAAUCUGUGCAUUUUGCCUAGUAGCCCCCAUGGGAUAUCGAGUUGCUGCUAGCAUUCGGCUUUUGGGAAACGCCGAUAUAUGGUGCCUGAUUUACUAUAUUACAUAGCAAUCGCUGUUAUUAUCAACGGAAGAAUGAACUGAAUUCAAUGUAACUGCGCAAAAAUGGUGAAUGUGGUGCCUAUUGAAUUCCUUGUAUACCC